GAGCUCGACGCGCGGUGCUGCAGCCUGUGCGGUCGCAGAGAGGAGGACUCUGGGCUCCGGUUCGUACCUCUCCAAAUGCCACCGGACACCGACAGCGGCCUCGGACCGGACGGACAUCAGCGGCGGGACCGCGACGCACGCGACUCACCGGGAACAUGGCGGCGGGAACAACAACCUGCUCGGUACCGGAUCGACGAUAAAUCAGAGGAACGACGCGGUUGGCGGGCUGGCAACGGAGGAGCAUCACUUAGCACAGAGGCGAUGAGGGGAAACCUGAAGGCAGCAGCCCGUUACUAAGCAACAACAACAGCAACACAGCGUGCGGAACCACACACAGCAUGGGCUACAAGAUCCCCGGGGCGGCGAUGGACCGAGUCAGUCUGCUGUGGCGUCUGAGGCGUCGGGCUCGCCGUGGAGCUCUCUGCAUGGCCUUCUUCUGCAUCUCCAUGGCUCUGCUCUACGCCAUCUGCGCUGAAAACAGCGUGCCCGUCACCGACGCCAUCUUCGGAGUCCGGGCUCGGACACGGGCUCAGCCUCGUGCACACUCUGUCAUUAAGGUGCUGCGAGGCGGAGCCAAGCCCAUGUACAUCGACCCUCAGAAGCUCCCAGGUGUCGUCCCAGGCGACCCUCACCGUCCAAUCCCCGUCCUCUCCUCCCCGAACCGCACCCACGAUGCUGAGGAAUCGUCGAAGCGGAAGCCGAGAGAGCGGGAGCCUUCUGGGUUUUUCACUCGGCUGCUGCCGCGCCCUUUCACGCGCGCCCUCGAGACCCUGUUUGGAGGCCGGCGGAGGGGGGAGCUGAGUGGCAGAGUGGGGGACGCGGAGUUCUUCGGACCUCACGGUCUCCUGGGAGAGGUGUGGGAUGACGAGAUGUCCAGUAGCAUGCUGGGAAGCAGGCUGAGGAAGGUGGUGCAGAAUUAUCAGGCGAUGAAUAAGUACGGAGUGCAGUUCUCCGGCCCCGGCGGUGUGUCCAGCAGGCCCAAGCUGAGCGGCCCUGAGCUUCUCUGCCAGAUGAAGGACAAGGUAGAGGUCACGACUUUGACCUCUGACCUCCAGCCCUUCUCGUCAGUGCCCUGGGCUGCACAGCUGCCACCGCAGCAGCUGACCUCUGACCUCGGGCCGUACAGGAGCUGUGCUGUGGUGUCGUCAGCAGGGUCGCUGCGCUACUCCGGACUUGGCAAAGAGAUAGAUUCUCAUGAUGCCGUGCUGCGCUUCAACGCCGCGCCGACCACCGGCUACGAGAAGGAUGUCGGUUCUAAAACUACAAUCCGCCUCAUCAACUCCCAGGUGAUGGCGUCUGAUGACCAUCGCUUCCUGUCCAGCUCUCUGUACAGCUCAGGUGCCCUGGUGGCCUGGGACCCCGCCCCCUUCUCUGCUGACCUCACUCAGUGGUACAACAGGACAGACUACCCCAUCUUCACCCAGUACCAGAGAUACAGGAGGCUUCAUCCUCUGCAGCCCUUCUACAUCCUGCAUCCUCGCUUUGAGUGGCAGGUCUGGCAACGAAUACAAGACAACAUGGCCGAGCCCAUCCAGAAGAACCCGCCCUCCUCUGGCCUGCUGGGCACCGUCCUGAUGAUGUCGCUGUGCGAGCUCGUGCACGUCUACGAGUUCCUGCCGUCACGAAGGAAGACGGAGCUCUGUCAUUACUACCAGCGCUUCUACGACGCCGCCUGCACACUUGGCGCCUACCACCCUCUGCUGUAUGAGAAGAACCUGGUCAAGAGGAUGAACCAGGGCUCCGACCGCGACAUCUACUCCCACGGGCGCGUCACGCUGCCGGGGUUCAGGAAGCUGAACUGCACCCAGGCUGCGGAGCAGUGAAGCACAUCCACACACACACACACACACACACACACACACACACACACGCACACACAUACACGACGAUGAGGAGCAGAAAGCUGCAUGAAGAGACGUGAACACGAGGACAGACGCAUGAACACCUUAUCCUCACUGCCGAAACUAAAGGAAAGCUGUGCCACUCACUAUAAAUAUGACAUGUUGUUACUGUAGGCUGUAAACACCUUACACACACACACACACACACACACUGGAGUCCAAUCAGCUGAUAGAUGUGCCUGUCAUUCACACAUACAGAUAUCCUUAAGAGGACGUUCCACUGAUAACGUUCGUCCCCCAUAACGACCCUUAAAGGACCAUGCUUAUCCAACUUAUCUCAACCUAUCUUAUAAAUCACGAGCACGUUUCAGACAAACGUCAGCCAAGUCUUUUUCCAAAGCGUUCUGCCGGCCUCAAACGUCUUUCAAACAAACAUCAGCUCUCACCCACUGUCGACACUGAAAGGGAAAUGUAUAUAACAGUUCAACAAACGAUAAGAAACUUGCAUACGAAGGCCCAGACACACCAAACACACCUCAGAGAACCAGAAGGCCUCCUGCUGCGUCACCUCACAUCACCUGCCAGCGUUGGGCAAUAACACCUUACAGUCAUAAUAUCACUUUUCCCAGUAAUGAGUAGUGUAACUAAUUACUGACAUUUCAGUCAGGAACACACAUCGUAAUUUGAACCAUUUAUUGCGACAAAUUUAAAAACAGUUCUGUUUGGCGCCGAGGGGUCCGCUCUGGAGGUGCUCCCUGGAUCAGACAAGCAGCAUGCUGAGCCAAAACAGGAAGUGCAAUGCAGAGGGAAGGAUGGCGAGGCGUUCAGGUGCCGCUCUCUAACAAUGGCUUUAUUGCAGUCGUCACCACUGAACAAUAAACAUGGCCGUCUCAUGAGGUCAAACAGCAGCCCUGAGCUAAACUCUGCUGCACAGAGAAUUGUUGACUAGAGAUGAUACGCCGUCUCAUGGCGGUCACUUCUGUGCAAGCCGGCAGCUUUUUACAGCGUUACAGAACGGAGUGUCAACAGUAGUUGUUUGUUUCAACUCGUCUUGUCGUGAAUUUUUGGUCUGAACUGGACUUUAGUGUCUUGUUGUGAUAAAAUAAACCAAACUUUCUCUGUGGUGCGUCUCAGUCUAGUUUCAAGUCUAAAACAUGCAGCAUGCUUUGGAUCCUGAACAUCAGAAAUAUGACGUAGACACUUUGUGGUUUGUUGGACUGAAACAUGUAAAAACAGCGGUAUGGUCCUUUAAUCUUUAAAUAAAGUUGUCAAACUGACCCACUGAAGACGUGAGAACUGGCCAAAUACACAUCAUUAACUAACAAAACCAACCACACAGACGUGUUCAGUCAGAGAGGGCGUCACCUUCUGUGUCAAUACUGUCACGUACUCUGCUGUGAGGCGCUGCGCUCACUCCGUCACUUCCCUCUUUGAAACCAAAUCACACACGAUACUUUCCUUUUGACUGUUUCACAUUGAGCUUGACGGUCCUGAGAGGAGCUGUGGGCAAGUUUUAUUUCUGUUUGGUGUUAGAGUCUAGAUCCAUUUUUGCAGUGCCAAUAACUGCUCCGCUGACAUCCCAUAAUACUGAGGACCAGUCUGAUUCAGUGCUGUUAUUCAGCUCACUUACAGAGGUACAAAUCUACGGCACGUAUGAGUGUGAAUAAGACAUUCUGGCUUGGGUUUUAGUUUGGAGAUUUCUUUUUACAGCUCUAUUUUCAGAGCUUGAUACAGACUUGUUGGAGCAGCGGGAUGUUUUGGCUCACAGUCAGCAGUUUCCUCAAAUGUGAUUGUAUUUGUUCUCAGACUUUACUUUCUGUGGUAAAGUAGUGCCCGCGCUCCACGCCACACAAAGGAGCCGUGAGUCACAGUGAGAGUACGCCCACAUUAAGCUGGUGCAAUUUAAAAUGCAUCUUCUCCUCUCUUCUCUCACAAAAUGUUUUCCAGAGUGGAUCAGUCUUAAAACUCCAGCUUGCUGUUUGUACCUGAACGACCCCUCUGAGGGGCUGUGUCCACCAAAGCCUUUUUCCUGGGGUCAGUGUAUUUCAGCUUGAUAAGGCGCUGGGCGCAGGGUUUACGCUAGACCUUUACUUAAUGGCCAAUAUGGCCGUCAGUGUUCCAGAAUUCUGGCCACAUACUCUUUGUUUGAAAUAUCUGUUUAACAGCCUUGAUUUAAAUGGCAAUCAAACACUGUCAAUUAAAUAACUUGAAAAUAUUCUAAAUGAAGAGGCGGCCUGUUGAACACAGACUGAUCACAGUCACAGAGGUAAAGAAGGGAAAGGACUCAGUGCACCAAGCGUCACCGUAAAUCACCAAGUCUGCUAAGCACCGUCUGACUCGCCGUGGUGGAGCAAACACAACAUAACUUUUGUGUUUCCACAAUUAAAAGCUGAUACUGGGCUCAUUUAUGGAGCCGCUGCAUCGUCUACAACACGGCUCUGCAAAUGUUUCUCAAUAAAAAGCCUCGGGUGAAUAGAUGAAGGGAUUCUGCCCACAGAAACGUCAGAGGAUUUUAUUUUGUAAACAGGAAGUGAUGAGUUAAAAAGAAAUAUUUGUUUUUCAUGUCUGUGACAGAUAAAGACUCGAAACUGUAGUGACAGGUGGAAUCGUGUCAUUAUGAAAAAAACAUUUUCAAAAUCUGUUUUUGCUGAAAACUGCAUCAUAAAGAGAAAAAUAUGCGAGAUGUUCUGCGCCUGAGCGGUGCUGCUCACGUGGGCAGUGUGGAAAACUGGUUGCUAAAAACCACACGUCAGGUCAGGACAUCAGGACUGAAUCUCCUCUCAUGAUCUCACACAGACGGGCCGGUCCGUCCUCUCGGCCUGCAUGAUUCAGCCUCCGCUCAUCCAGAGCGAGUGCUCUACAUCUUGCCAACGUGUUUCCUUUGGCGGAUAUACUGUAGCAUCGCAGCUAGAUGCAACCAAAGCGCCUCAGCUGACAAAAACGCUGCGCCUCCAAAGCGCUCUCAAACUCUCCCAGCUGCACGUUUCCUGAGGAGCGCCUGGUGUUUACAGCAGGAAAAAACUCUUUGGUGGAGACGAGGUCUCAGAAAGUGAAAAAAAAAAAAUUAAGAAAAUUAAUUUGCCGGUAUGUUUAAGCACAGAUUAUUCUAACAAUUUCAUUUCACGAAAGAAAGACGGACUGCACCUUUAGAAACCUGUGGAGUCAGUCGAGUGGUCAGAGAGCUGAUGAAUGUCUCACACACACACACACACACACACACACACACACACACACACACACCUCACUGAAUCUAUUUAUCUAACAACAUACUGCCUGCAGACUUCUCCUCUUAUCGUAACCGUAAUCAACAGUCCAGUAAAGUUAAACUAACAGAUGUUUUGUACCCACACAGUCGACCCUGUAACAAUCUGUCCCCAGCUGUCUUUUUAUAAUUCUUAUAAAGUGUAAAUAUUAAAAUAAUAAAAACAAACACCUGGAGGACGGUCUUUAAUGUUCUUCUGUGACGCAGCCGUGUGAAGCAGAGCUGAGUUUUAUUUCUACAAAUAUUCAACUUCAAGAACUGGAGAAGAUCAGAGUCACAGAUUGAGUGUCUGACCAAAUGGCUCACAUGAUGAUGUCACAGUCAAGCUGACCUUUGACCUUUUGACCUUCAUCAUUUUAUCCUGUCAGACAUUUGUGUGAAGAUUGGUCAUGAUUAGUUCAUGAAUUCAUCAGUUCUGGACAGAAACAUAUUUUGUGAGGUCACACUGACCUUUGACCUCUGACCACCUGAUUCUAAUCAGUUCAUUGUUCAGUCCAAGUGAACGUCCACGUGUUGCAGUGUAUUUAAUGGCUGCACAGAGCGCCGCUGUCUACAACUCUGCCUCCGUUAAAAGGUACAAUAUUCCAACCUCCUCCACCGUCACCUUGACUCCGCCCUCUAGUGCCACCUACAGGCUGUAUGUGCGUCAGCAUGAUUGAUGUGUGGCGGUAUGAAGGCGGACAGACAAAUCUAUUUCCAUGCGUACAGGGAGCAUUAAUCAGCCUGUAGCGUCUGAAAAACUGUUCCAGGAAGUAAAACUCCAGUCUGCCGACACGUCUGCGUCACUGCUGUAUUUUUAGUAUCGUCACAGAGAGAACGGCCUCCAGAGUAUUAUGACUUUAUUCUAUUAUUACAGACGCAUGAUUAUCACCUGUUAGAGUUUCUCCAGAGUAGCAACAGGAGAAACACUUUACGUCUCUGAUGAACAGAGAAACGAUCCGCAUGGCACGAAUCCUGCUUUUAUCCCAUGAGAUGGUUCUUCACUGAGCGUGAAGCCAAACAUGCAUUUUGUUAUUAGCAUCAUCACAUGUGAGCUAGCUCAUUAGCAUGCUAACAAAUACAAUGAGCCUGGACGACACAGUGGAGGGCAGAUGUUAAUAUUAGACCCCCCCCCCCCCACACACACACACACCAGCUGGUUUUGCCUUACAGAGCCACGAGCUCAGAGCUCGGCCGUAGACUCAGUGAUUUUUAGAGAUAAUUCCCAGAAAAGUUUCUCGCAUCGACGGGGCCGACGUUUUAGGGUUCACCUCAGACUGAAGCAAGAGUGUGAGCAAGAAACAAAAUGGCUCCUCUAUUGUUUCUGUAAUGACUUCACUUUCAUGUUUUUAGCAGGAUUUAUUGUUUAUUCAGGAGGCAAACACUUGAAUUAUUGAUGUCAUUGCAUUUCAGACAGAAACCAGGAGAACAUUUUCUCCCUAUGCAGCUGCGCUCUCGUCCCGACUCAUUUCAUCUGUAAAACCUUCUGACGUAUUUAUUUAAGCUUUCAGAUUUUCUCCUGCUUCACCUCCCUCCUCCUGCUCUCUGGGAGAACUUUGGUUGUUUAGCUGUUAACUGUGGUUUCAUGUGGUUGAUUGUAUUUAUUAUUUACUUACUCUUUCUCCUUUGUUACUGGGCUCAGUCUGUGUAAUGUUUUCAUCUGCCAGAGAAACACAACUGACUUUUACAAGCAUGUCAUAUUCAUGAGAUUCUUGUCCUUUAUUUUAUGUUUUUUUUUUUCAGGUGUAAAUUCCCACAAUUAUCAACAUUUCCUGUUUAAGUUCAGUUUUUAAUUCAAUAAAACAUCAUGAUCUAAAGUGUGAAUGCCAGAUGAACAGUUUGCUUGUUCCAACUGAAAAAAUGGUCCAAAUGAUUACGACCCUGAUUCCAACAGGAGGGACGUUGUGGAAAAAUAAAUAAAAACAGAAUGCAAUAAGCUGCAAAUCAGUUUUGACCUACAGACCCUUUACUGUUAGUAAUCAGUGUGAUGGUUUUUGGUGGGCGGGGCUUAGCUGGAGGCAAAACAGUUCUCCACAGACGUUAGCUAGCGCUAGCUAACAAGUUGUGUUGUCUUGUUUUAGAUGAUGGAGGAAGAUGAUGUGAGUGGUGCGUUCAGAAACACUCAUUGUGAGUGUGGGAGCGCACUCUGACACAAACUGGAGCGUUGAUAAAUUGGGAGCGCUGUCUGAAUGUAGCGUUGGGUUAUCCAGAGCAGCGCACUCUCAGAGUGGCAGAGCGCACUCUGGACACUCUGUCUGUGGAGACGGAGCAGCAGAGCGCCGAGCGGAGUGAAUGUGUGAUUAACUUAACCGUUGGUUCAUUCAUGUAGAAAUAUAACGCUGCGUUUCUUCCACCAACAGGGCUCUCAUUUUAGUGUAGAGCGUCAGACUGAAUUUACCAACGCACCAUGUCAGGUCACUCACUCUCCGGGACCGCCAGUGUUACUUGAAUAAGUAAACACUGACCAACGGGACCAGACUGGCCGACCCGUAUGCUCUCACUCAGUGGAUGGACGAUGUCACAGGAAGCCAAUCUUACAAAGGAGGACCACACUUGUUUGUUUUGCUAUGGAAGCUAACGUUAGCUAAAGUGCUAAAAAGUUAGCCUCUGUCUUAUUUUUGUCCUUGUUUCCGUUCUUCAGCACGUUCACCUGCAGCACGUCGACACACGAUUCGUGA